CAAACGCGUCAGGUAUUUGGACUGGGCGAGCCAGGACGGCUCCAACCCUUGCAAUCACCGUGCGGGCUGCUCUUAAUCGUCGCCGUUCGCGCUGACAAAACGCGUCUCGCAGGGUCCAUGGUUCGGUGGGUCAACGAUGGCGAAUACAAUUUCAAGUUUACUUUGAAGAAGCAUUACAAAAGUGAUGGUUCUGUCGACGGCAUCGCAAAGGGAUGCAAGGUUGUCGGGAGGAUGUUCGGCGAGUACGACCAUCGUGCGAUGUCUUUGCCUCACUUUCUCCCGCUAGCGCCGGGGCACGACGAGGCCGUUCACGUCACAGACUUCCUCAAGGUCUGGGCGAAAUCUGAUACCUCUGUCAGUGCUGUGGACAUCGGACCAGGAACAUCGAUUUGUGGUCCUGUUGGGUUCGCGGGAGGAGAGUGCUCUGAAAGGGAGAUGGGAAGUCAGGGUGGCCUACCAGCUACGCCUCCUGAUGAGGAGGUGGGCAUGUCAAACAACUCGGAGGACGACCAUCCGCGUGCUCCUUUGAAACCGGGCUUGAAUGUAUCUCGCCGCCACCGUUUGCUUGGGGAGUCGACGCCACAUGGAGGCGGCGAUGGCGAACGGUUGGGACAGGGCUCASAAUCGACGACUCCUCGUGGUCCGGUCGAAAGGAUCGGUUUGUUCGUUCGUGGCAUGCAGGUGGCCGAGGUUUCGCCUGGAGAUCGAGCGGGUGGUCCGAAGGUUCGAGAGGUGCGUGGGUCAGAUGAGACGACUCGCGGGGCCCGACCAGCGCCGGGGGAACUGCAGACGGAGUUGAGCCAGGAACGAGAAGCAAGUGGGAACGCCGCCAGUGAGGAGGAGGUGUCCGAGCAGGGGCUGUUCCGUGAGAGAUCGGCAGAAAAGACUCAAUCAGGAGGCAAGCGCAACUUGCCGGAUGAGGAAGAGCAAGAGGGACUAAGUGCUCUGAAAAGGCAGAGAAAGGUAGGAGGGAGUGCUCGGAUGCCAACAACACGAGAGGGCGGUUCCGUUGAGAAGAGGAAAAGGGUUGGAGGUGGGGAUCAAACGCCAAAAGACUCGUCGACACGGCGAAGAACCGGUGAGUCUUCCAGGAAACGGUCAAAAUCAUCGAGGGGGAAGAAAGUAGACGAGGGCGACAGCGGGGAGGGGGAUGACGAUGUGGAGAUUAACCUCAACGCCUUUAACCUCGACAAUGCGUUCUUCCUCGAGAUGCAGACAGGGGUGCAGAAGGACGUCGUGUUGCACAUCCAUCCCGAAAGAAUAUUAGCUAUUCCAGACUGGGAAGAUGCGUACAACCAUCGAUCCUUGGACGAGUUCCUCGUUGAUACCAUCGCGUCGGCUAUGAUUGACUGCUACGAACGCAAAGACAUGAGAUACACGAAGCCCAUUUUCAUUCUCGCUCCGAUCGUCGCGCCUCCAGAGAAUGGCGAGCCUGCUGUGCGUGUGCUGCCUGCUGACUUCGACAGAUCACACCCGGAGAAAUACUGGUAUUAUCCUGUGUAUGGACAGCAUAACGCGAGGGCGGCGAUGAUGGUGAAAGACCAUCCCGUGUUUGAUUACUACAACUUAUGUAAAUGGUCGUUCAGACCGAUCUACUUCCCUGACGACGAGUUCGACGGCUACGCCCAUGUCAGCUGCGAAGACGACAUGAAAGACAAGAAGAAUCCACCGCGCUUGCAGGUUUUGUCUAUGCAGGACAUUCGCAAUAUCUGGAAAAUUAAGGGCAAAACGCGUGUGGUGCUCGACAAUGCCUCGAAGAAACAGGACGAGGUGCGAAAGUGGGUGCAGUUCAUGGCGUUGGCAAUGAAGAAGACGCCGUACACGCCUAUCUAGAACCUGUCAAUGGAAGCAAAGAAAAGAAAGGAAUGGGCUGAGAAACUUCGAUACUACCUCCCGCUGGCCAUGGCAGACGAC